GAUAAUGUUUUCAUGUUAUUUAUUUCAUUAUACUUUUCAAUUAUCUCUUAACAUCAAUCGAUAAUAUAGAAAACAAUAUCAUUAUUAUCUCUGUAAACUGUAUAGUAAUUCCAAGUUAUUUCUAAUGAAAAGUAGCAUGCACAAAAAAUAUGUAUUAAAAUUAUCUUUACAUAAUUAUUAUAGAUAGUAUCAAUAAAAUUAGAUAUUUUGUUUUAAUUAUUACGUUUUGUUUCAAUAAUUCAAAUAUUUAUAAUGUAUGUAAAAACAAGAGGAAUAUAUUAUAAGUUUCUAAAAAAGUGUAAUCGUUUUAUAACUACUCCAGCCAAACAAGAAAACAAAUUUAAGUGGAUAGAACCAAUAGGAACAGAUACGGGUAUUAAACUAUACAACCCAAUUACAAAGACUAAAGUUUCAUUAAUAUUAAGAAAAGAAGGCUUCUUAACAUGGUAUAUGUGUGGUCCAACAGUUUACGACUCUGCUCAUAUUGGACAUGCAAUCACUUACAUCCGUUUCGACAUCAUAAGACAAAUUCUAUCACAAUAUUUUAAUAUUCAUACAUUAGUGAUAAUGGGUGUAACAGAUAUUGAUGAUAAAAUAAUAAAGCGAGCUGUAGAAGAAGGAACAGAUUUUAAAGAAUUAUCCAAAUUCUAUGAAAAUGAAUUUUUUAAUGAUCUGGAAAUGUUAAAUAUCACAAUGCCGCAUUUCAGUUGUAGAGUUACGGAAUAUAUGCCACAAAUAAUACAAUUUAUUGCUAAUAUUUUAGCCAAAAAUAAAGCUUAUGUUGCAAAAGAUGGAUCUGUAUAUUUUGAUACCAAAUCAUAUAAUAAAUAUGGAAAACUUGUAGUUCCACUUAUGGAUACUAUUUAUACAGAUAAGAGAUCAUCGUUAGAUUUUGCUUUAUGGAAAGCAGCAAAAGAUAAAGAACCAUAUUGGGAAUCUCCAUGGGGUUGUGGAAGACCAGGAUGGCACAUAGAAUGUAGUGCUAUGGCAAGUGCAGUAUUUGGAAAAACAAUAGAUAUUCAUAGCGGUGGAAUUGAUUUGAUGUUUCCACAUCAUGAAAAUGAAGAGGCACAAUCCUGUUGCUAUCAUAAUACAGAUCAAUGGGUAAAUUAUUGGUUACAUUGCGGACAUUUAUGUUUAAAAGAUAACAUUAAAAUGUCAAAAAGCUUAAAAAAUACCAUAAGCAUAAAAAAGUUUCUUGAAAAGUACACAACCAAUGAUUUAAGAAUGUUGUGUUUACUUUCUCACUAUAGGAAUAAUGUUAUAUAUUCUGAUGAUGUGAUUAAUCAUGCUGUAAGUGUAAGAAAUAAAAUAGAAAAUUUUAUUAAUGAAUGUAAUAAUUAUUUGACUGGUAAAAUCAAUAGUGGUAAUAUAGAUGAAGCUUCUUUGAUUCAUAAUUUGCAUGAAACAAAAAGUAUAGUACAUAUGGCUCUAGCAAAUGAUUUUAAUACUGCACAAGCAAUACGAGCUAUUUUAAAUCUUGUUGACAUAGGUAAUAAAAUGUUUUCUCAAAAUAAUAGUACUCGCAAUGACAAAGGUACAACUGCAGUUGCUGCAGUUUCCGUAUACAUCUCAAAUAUACUUUCUAUCUUUGGCUUUAUAAAAUCUAAAUCCUUAGUAGAAAAUCGAAAAACCGAAGAUAUUAUCAAAUACUUUGUGGAAUUUAGAAGUGUGGUUAGAAAUAGAGUAUUAGAGCAAAAACAAAAUGACGAACUUUUAUUACUUGCAUGUGAUACAGCAAGAAAGAAUUUAUCUACUUGUGGAAUUACUGUGAAGGAUCGUAAAAGUGUGUCUACAUGGGACUACCACAAAUUAACUUAAAAUAAACACAAUUAUAUAUAAAAACCAAAAAUGGAAUUUUAUUGCAUAAAUUGAAAUAUAUGAUACAAUAUACUUUAUUACACUAUCUUA